AUGACAGACGAGUUAAUCCGGCCGAACAGGUCGCUGGUUGGUAAGAUAGCUAUCGUGACUGGAGCUGGAGCUCUCGAGGAUGGCAUUGGGAACGGACGUGCUGCAGCAAUACUAAUGGCCGAGGACGGCUGUGCUGUGGUUUGUGCUGACUUGGACCUCAAAUCUGCCCAGCGUACUGUGGAGAUGAUCGAGGCGGAAGGCAAGGGAAGAGCUAUCGCAAUACAGGUGGACGUCACUCAAUUGGCAGAUUGCGAGAGACUGGUGCAGAAGACAAUCGAGACUUACGGAAGACUUGACAUACUGUUCAACUGUGUCGGCAUUGGAGGCGCUGCUGGUACUGCUGUGGAAGUCGACAUGAAAGAAUGGGCAAAGGGACUGGAAAUCAACGUGACUUCUAUGGUAAACGUCGCCAAAUAUUGCAUUCCUGAAAUGCGCAAAAACGAAGCAACACGAGGAUACAGGGGCAGCAUCAUCAACAUGGCAAGCGUGGCCGGGAUGAGAGGAGGGACACCUCACUUGCUAUAUCCGACGUCAAAGGGAGCGAUCGUGAACAUGACUCGCGCCAUGGCAGCCAACCACGGUCCUGACAAGAUCCGUGUCAACUGCGUCUGUCCAGGAAUGGUCUACUCUCCUAUGAUGUAUUCACAGGGGAUGAGUCCUGAGGCUCGAGAAUCUAGAAAGAAUCGAAGCCUGUUGAAGACAGAGGGUAGUCCUUGGGAUUGUGGUGCGGCAGUCAGGUUUCUGGCUUCUGAAGACUCACGGUGGUUGACUGGAGUGAUUCUGCCUGUGGAUGCAGGUGCGACUGCAGCUACUGUUACAGAUGUGCCUAAAGCUGGACAUGUCAAUUCCGGUACGUAG